CUCGUGGGACUACAAUCUUAAUUGCUUCCGAGAGUAAUGUUAUAGCCUCUAUAAAACCUUUUAAUGGGAAUAUUGAUCACAUUGUUUUACAAUUAGAUGAUGAUAUAACUAUUGUUGUAAUAGACGCGAUUUCUGUAUCCAAAAAUGAUGGAUACAUUGUUCGGCUUUGGGAAAUUCAAUCAGGAUUUAUGCUUUGGGAAAAAAAAAUCAACCCUGCCGGAUUUAAUCGUACAAAUUCGAGCAGUGGUGACGAAAAAGUAGAUGUUGUAUUUACGACAGACAACAUGAGUGUAGUCGUACUUGUCGGUGGACAUACCAUUGUAAACUUUAAUAAUAUUGAUGGUAGACAGAUCUGGAGAUCGGAUUUGGCAGAAAGUCCUACUCUUUUACAUAAGCUCGUCGAACAUAAUCAAAAUAUUUACGCCAUUGGACUAAAAAAAUCUUCAAAGUCCUAUUCUAUUGAAGUGGUAACUUAUGAUAUUCAGACCGGGGUUUUAAAAUCGAAAUCUCUUUCUUCAAAAAUUGGACACAUUAAAGAUAUGAUUGUGGUGGGUGGAGGAUCAAACAACGGAUUUAUUGUUUGGAAAGAGGGACAGUAUGUACGCGUUAAUCGUUUGGGUAGUGACGCUAUCGAACAAUCAUCGCUAGAGUCACUUUACCGCAACGUCAUACCAUCAUUUGCCGGUGUUAUUGGAAACCUUGAAUUUGUUAAUCUCGACAUAAGUUCAAGGACAGAAUUUCUUAUUCAAGCGCCUACAGCGAAUGGCAAUUCUGCUGCUAAUAGUACUUCAAUUUAUUCUGGUGCUCUUGAUAAAAGCGAACAACUAAUUAUAUCUAGAAUUAGAACAUUAUCCAAGGACCUUGUUAAAGUUGAAAUUGUUGCACCCGCUCAAAGCUUAGCAUUAGGGAGUUAUGAAAUUUCUUAUUCUAUGGCUGCUUCUGGAGGCAUAACGAAAUCAUUGCUCGAUGUUACUACAAAAAAAAUUAAUGAAACUACAUCUGUGGCAUAUCGUAUGCUCGUAAUUUCUGAUGAUGGUUCUGUACAUUUUUUUAAAGAAGACAGUAUUGCUUGGAAAAGAGAAGAAUCUCUCACACGUGCCAUUGAGGUGGAAUUUCUCGAUUUACCAGAGAAAAAAUUAUGGACUCAAGAAGUUGAUGAGCUUGACGAACAAUCAGAAGAAUCAGAAACUAUAUCGCCUCUCACCAGAUACGUUCGACGAUUGAUAAAUCAUAUUGAGCAACUUAAGGAUUUUCCAGGUUACCUACUCACUUAUGUUCAGCGAUUUGCUACUGGCAAUUAUUCAGUUGAUUCAUCACCAACGUCUAAGGCAAAGACGAGCAUAUACAGAGAUACUUUUGGGUUCCGUAAGCUGCUAAUUUUUAUGACUCGAACAAAAUUAGUGGCUUUAGAUACUAGUAACAAAGGACAAAUAGUUUGGUCUCGGUAUUUUGGUGGCUCAAUAUCCGAAUUUCAGAAAAUAUUUGUCGUUAGAUCAUCUACUGUCAAGUAUCCACCUGUUGUCGUCGCGAUAGGGAAAGGCAAUAUAACCUGUCUUUUCAGAUUAAAUGCGCUUACUGGGGAAGAUUUUGUUACUGAUCAUGAAAUAGUCGCACCUACAGAGGAUAAUGUCCCUUUUAGUAUCCCCACAACCGCUCAUCGAAUUUUUAAAUUGCCAGUAGAAGAACCUGACGAAAGAACGCACAUAAUUGCGUUGCUAGAUGAAGAUUUAAAGGCAAGCUCGUUAAAAGCUUUCCAAAAGUUCGCAACAUCAUUCUAUUUUACACUAUCCGAAGGUAUUGGUGGUAAAAGUUUAAAUGGAUAUAACGUUGUCGUUGACAAAAUUUCACAGCCUUUCAGUAUUAAUAGACUUUGGAAGUUCAGUUUUCCCGAAGGAAAUACUAUAGUGGCAAUUGGACAUAAGCCUAAUCAUGAGAAAAUUGCUUCACUUGGCAGAGUUCUCGGUGAUCGUUCAGUUCUAUAUAAAUACCUUAAUCCAAACAUCGUCGCCGUUGCCACGUUGUCUCCUUCAUCGUCUCUCGAUUUUUACCUGAUUGAUAUUAUUAAGGGGUCUAUACUGUAUCAUGCUGCACAUGAGAACGUUGGCCCUUCACAUCCUGUACAGAUUAUCCAAGUUGAAAAUACAAUUGUGUACCAUUUUUGGAGCGAGGGAAUAGAGAAAGGAUACAAUGUUGUUGUAUGUGAUUUAUACGAAAGUGAAAAGCCGGAUGAAAGAUUUGAUAAUUCCAAUUUUACUUCGUUCUCGAAUGAACGUCCACACGUAAAUGCACAAGCAUUCAUGUUUCCCUAUGGUAUCAGGACUAUUGGUGUUACAACAACUAAGAAUGGCAUUCCAGUACGAGAAUUUUUAUUUGCGUUGGAUACAGAUCAGGUCUUUGGUUUAUCUAAAAGACUUCUUGAUCCGCGAAGACCACGACGCGCUUUAACGAAUGAAGACAAGGAAGAAAUGCUGAUACCUUAUGAACCAGCAAUUCCCGACAAUAAGAAGUUUAUUUUAAGUUAUAAUUUAUCGAUUUAUGGAAUUCGUCAUAUUGCAACAUCACCUGCUCUUUUAGAAUCAACUUCACUUGUGCUUGCAUACGGUUUAGAUUUGUGGUUUACGCGAGAAGCACCUUCCAAAACUUUUGAUGUUCUAAGUGAAGACUUUAGCAAGGGAACAUUAUUAGCAACCAUUUUGGGGUUGGUUAUAGGAAUUCUUAUCACAAAGCCACCGGUUCGACGAAAAAAUAUUAAUUCGCGAUGGUAUUAA